AUGCGUCUCUCCCUGCUUCUCUCCCUCGCGGUGUCUGCAUUCGCUGUCGACCCUGCUGCUGUCUACAAUGGCGGUUACGCCUCUGCUCAGAGUGUGAAGCUGCGCAUUGGUAACGGAGGUGCCGGCCAGAGUGGUCUCAUCAAAGUCCUCGCCGACGCGUUCAUCCAGGCCAGCGUUCGCAACGGCUCGGAUCCCUUCCAGGUCGCCUGGUACAAGAGCGACACCACGGAAUCCAUCAACUACCUCCAGGAGAACGUGGUCGAUAUCGGCAUCACCUAUACUCCCGCGGCCGAGACCAUAGCCAUUGACGCGGGUAUCGCCAAAGGCCCGGCCUGGUACGCAUGGCGCGACCAUUUCAUGCUCGUGGGCCCUGCAGCCAACCCGGCAAGCCUGCGCAAGUCCCAGGACGUGAAGACCAUGUUCUCCAACAUCUUCUCCCGCGCUGCCCUGGGAGAUGCGCUGAACUCGUCCGUGCCUGUGCGCUUCCUCUCGCGCUACGAUAAGUCCGCCACCAACAUCAAGGAGUCCCAGCUGUGGAUUGCAAUCGGCCAGGUUCCCUGGGCUACAGACUACUCCAAGUGGUACCACCAGUACAUUGCCUACCCGAUCCAGGCCUUGACGGCCGCGAUUCUCCUGGACGAGUACACCAUCACCGACCGCGGCACUUAUCUUUCCAUCUCUCCUGAGCUGCAGAACCAGACGGUCAUCUAUAAGGCUGCCACCGAUGAUGCGAGCGACCCUCUGCUUAACCCGGCCCAUAUGCUCGUCGGCGCGAGGGCCAAGAACGGCAAAAUGGCGGAUGCCUUUACCCAGUGGGUGGUUGGCAGUGAGGGCCAGUCGGUUAUCACCAGCUUCACGAAGAACGGACAGCAGCUCUACACUGCUGCUCCUGCAAACAAGACCGCGCCAUUCUAG